UAUGACCGACAGAUGUUAUUUCAUGAUUUUCCUGUGGAGUACUGUCGACUCUCUUGGAGAAUAAUAUUCGAAAUUUUUGUGAGGUUAUUGAUUAUUAUUAUUUAUUUGCGAUUUUGUGAAGAGGUAGAAAAAAAAUCGCUACCUACUUAUAUAUUUGUUUUCCUACGCUAAGUAAUUUAUGUAAUCGAAAUUUUCGCUGUAAAGAAAUUUUUCUUGGCUUAAAAUGUCGAAGGUUGAAAUACAUAACGAGAUUAUUCAGCUGCGGCAUGCAGUUCGUCAAGCACGGGUUUGUGUAGUCAAUAAGCUUAUCAGAGAAGCUAAACUUUUACGAAAUAGAUAUGGAAAUGAAAGUCAAAAGGAAAAAUAUAAAAGAAAAGCUGAUAAGCUUAUUGCUGAAGUUUAUGCGAUAAAAAAAAUUAAAGACGACGAUAUUUUCAAGUUUGGUAUCAUAAAUGAGAAGGAUUUGCCUACAAUAUUACAAGAUGAGUCUUUAAGUCAUAAUGAUCGUGUAAUGGCAAGGGUUGCACAUUAUAAGACUUUAAACAGAAGACUAGAACAAUUUAAGGAGAAGUUCCCAGACUGUAAAAAAUAUAUAGUAGAAGGAAAGAAGAAAAAUGUUAAAUCAAAGAGUAAGGGUGCUACAAAAACUAAAAAGUCAUUAAAAGAAAAUCCUCAGCUUCAAACGAAAAGUUCAGAGAAAAACAAAACUGAUUCUUAUGAAAAUAUUGAACACUCUCAAUCUAAUUCUAAAGAGGAAGAAUGCAACACUGAAUCAAUAGAUAAUUCACUUGAAGCAAUAGAUAAUUUGCACAAAUGUAAAAAGUCAUUGAAUAAGGAUUGUAUACCCUUGAAAAAAGAAAAGAAGUUAAAAUUGGUAAAAAAUAUUGGAUUGGAGGAAGAUACAAUUAUACAUAAGCAACCAAAUGUAAUUGAACCAUGUAGCGUUACAAAGGAAGCCACUGUGAAGAGAUUUACUAAACUCUUGGAGGAGCAAGAAUCUAGUACAAAUGUAGAGAUGUCUAUCAAAAUUCCAGAUUCUGCAACUGAACAAGCAACAAAAAUGUUGGAUGAUUUUUUCGUUACGGAAGACAAUCAAGAUUCUCAGAGGAGUGCUAUUGGUGCAUCAACAUCGCAUGUAAAAUCUUACAAACCACCAAUCAAAACAUUCCGAUCAAGUAACAGAAUUAAAAAGCAAAACAUAAAGUACAGAAAUGAUAAACCAUCUUUUUCUAAAAAAUCAGAUAAUAGAACACCCAAUAAAAUUAACAAGGAUUCAAAUAAUAGAAAUUCAAAUAAUAUUAAUAACAAAGAAGAAAAUAUUGAUUUGCAUCCCUCCUGGUCGGCUAAAAGAAAACAACAAAAAAUAAUGGCCCAGGGAUUUCAAGGAAAAAAAACUGUAUUUGGCGAUGAUUAAAUAAACAUCUACAAUAAUUUAUAACACAGUCUGUAAAAUUAUAAUAACAAAACACUUGUAAAUUGACCAAGGACACUUUGUGUAAAAAGUACAUUGCAAGUUUAUGAUAUAUGUCUGUCAUUAUUUUGACACAAAUGUAUACAUAUGUACAUUUAUUUAAUGUAAAUAACAUUUAUGCAAAUAUUCUAUGAUAAAA